AUGGUUCAUGGUUCGAACCCAACCCCGGCAUCUCGACUGCUCUUGCCCCGACUUGGGCAACCUGGCACUAUCCCAGCCUUUGUACUUCCUUCGGGAGAUAUGGCAACCAAGCAUCGAAGGGAUAUCACGGUUGAAAGCCGACUGACAGUGCUGGAUUUAUGCCCUAAUUUACCAUCUCCUCCCUGCAAUGCGCAGCUACCUAACCCCCCCCAAAUCAUCGGUGAACGAAACUGCGGCAGCUACAACCACUGUACGACGAGUACGCGGAAGGUAGACACAAGGCUAAAAGAAGAGGGCGUCACCACAACCGGAUAUGACGGGAUGGGAAUUGUAUUAACCGACUGA